CCUCGCCACUUGGGCAAAAAAGAGACCGGGGACAGAUCCUGCCAACCUGUGGGAAACUUGGAAAAAGUUGGUGAAACUUGGAAAAAGUUGGUGAAACUUGGAAAAAGUUGGUGAAACUUUGAAAAACUUUCAAAGAAAACUGAGAAGCUGGUAAGAAACUGGAAGAAACAUUUGACAAAACUCACAGGAACUUCUGAGAAAUUUUUAAUAACUGGAACUUUCAGGAAACUCAGAAGAAGUUUUAAGAAACUGAGAAGCUUUUGGACGACAGGAUGCAAACUUGGGGACACUGGAAGAAUCUCGGUUAAGAACUUGGAGAAAGAUUUAUAGAGAAAGUUCUGGCAAAAAAAAACCUUGCAGAAAGUUUAAACCAGCUGGCAAAACAGGGAAAGCGUUUGAAAAUUGGGAAAAGCUCUGGAAAAGGAUUUGAGGGAUUUGAACGAAACGGAGAAAAUAUUGGGGGAGAAACUUCAUUAAGAUGAUUUGAAGCUCCUGGAGAAACGAUUGAAAAAAUUGGGAAACUCAGUUAAUAAUUUCCAGCAAUAAUUCCUACAAUUUUGGAGAGGUUUAAAAAAAAGUGGGGGAUAUUUCUACACGGCUCGAUAAGCCCUGGGAGAAGUUUCCAGAAACGCGAGGGAGAAACAGGGAAGUCUUUCUGGCAACUUGGGAAGAAGGGAGCGAGAGAUUUCGGCCAGGACUGGGACUCCGACGCAGGCGGGUCUGGGAUCCCUCCGCGGUCCGGGGAGAGGUCGGGAUCCGACGAGAGGAAGCGGGAACAGACCGGGAGUGGGGAACGCCGGCUGGAUGAUGUCAGAGCCGUCCGUGCCCGGCAGGAGCACCCUCGGCGAGAUGUGGCAGAGGCUGAGGCCGCGGAGGAAGCAGGGACUGGGGGUUGGCGAACUACACCUGCUCCAGCAGAAGAGAAUCCAGGAGGACCCGCUGUUCCUGGCCGUCCAGGAGAACAACGUGGGAGGGAUUUGCAAACUACUGACCAGCGGAUCAACAGACGUCUUCCAACGGGGAGCCCUGGGGGAGACCGUGCUCCACGUAGCCGCCCUCUACAGCAACCUGGACGCCGCGAUCGUGCUCUUGGACGCCUGCCCCGAGCUGGUGAAUGAGCCCUCCGUGUCCGACCUGUACCAAGGGCAGACGGCGCUGCACAUCGCGGUGGUGAACCAGGACGUCCGGCUGGUCCGCGAGCUGCUGUCCCGCGGUGCGGACGUUCGGGAGGCCCGAGCCACCGGCAGCUACUUCACCCGGGGUUCCCACAACCUGCUCUACUUCGGGGAACAUGUCCUCUCCUUCGCCGCGUGCACUGGGAAUGUGGAGAUCAUCCAUCUGGUUGUCGAGAGCGGGGCUGACAUCAGGGCGGUGGACUCCAUGGGCAACACCGCCUUGCACAUCCUCGCCCUGCAACCCAACAAGACCAUCGCAUGCCAGGUGUAUGACCUCAUCGAGGGCCUCGAGGAGCCGGACGCCUCGCUGAGGGCCAGACAGCUCCCCAACAAUGAGGGGCUCACGCCCAUCAAACUGGCCGCUGUUGAGGGCAACGUUGUGAUGUUCCAGCACCUGAUGAACAAGAAGAGGGUGGCGCAGUGGACGUUCGGGCCAGUCACCAAUUGUCUCUACAAUCUGUCCGAGAUCGACUCCUGGGGCGAGGACAACUCCGUCCUGGAGCUGGUCGUGGCCAGCAAGAAAACCGAGGCUCUGUCCAUUCUUGAACUGCCUCCCCUCAAACAGCUGAUCUCCCUCAAGUGGAACCGAUACGGCAAAUUCUACUUCCGGAUGCUUACCCUGCUCUAUCUUGUUUACAUCAUCACCUUCACCCUCUGCUGCGUCUACCGUCCUCUGAAACCGCGCCCCAGCAAUGUCACCGACCCCAGGGACACCACCAUCUUCGUGCAGAGAACACUGCAGGAAGCGUACAGCGGGGCAGGUGAUCAGAUCCGGCUGGUGGGAGAGGUGAUUAGUGUCAUGGGUGCCAUCGUAACUCUGUUUCUAGAGAUCCCGGACAUUCUCCGAUUCGGCGCCUGGCGAUAUUUCGGGAGAACCGCUCUCGGGGGACCCUUCCACGUUAUUAUUAUCAGUUACGCCUGUCUGGUCCUGCUGAUUCUGGCCCUGCGUCUGACGGACACCCAGGGGGAGGUGUUGGCCAUGUCCCUGGCCCUGGUUCUGGGCUGGUGCAACGUCAUGUUCUUCGCCCGAGGGUUUCCCAUGCUUGGGCCUUUCACCAUCAUGAUACAGAAGAUGAUCUUCGGAGAUUUGCUUCGGUUCUGCUGGCUGAUGUUCUUGGUUCUGCUGGGGUUCACAGCAGCUUUCCACAUCACGUUCCAGACGCUGGAGCCGGACCUGUGGCCGCACUUCCGGGACUUCAGCACCUGCCUGUUCACCAUGUUCCAGCUGUUCCUGGGCCUGCUCGACAUUCCCAUCAACUACGAGAAGUGGACCCCGGCCAUCAUCAAGGUCCUCUACGUCUCCUACAUGGUGUUUGCCUUCCUGCUGAUGGUGAACCUCCUCAUCGCCAUGAUGGGGGACACCCACUGGCGCGUGGCGCACGAGCGAGACCAGCUGUGGAGGGCGCAGGUCGUUGCCACCACCAUCCUCCUGGAGAGGCACAUGCCGCGAUUCCUGUGGCCGAGAGUGGGCAUCGACGGGGAGAGUGUGGGUCUGGGCAACAGCUGGUACAUCAGAGUGGAGGAUCGGAUUGACGUGGGGGGCCUGAAGGUCCGACGGUACGCCCAGCACUUCCGGCCUGCGGAGCCAGCUGCGUCCCGCGAGAAGGGGCAAGGAGCGCUGGCGGGGCACGGCUGGGAGAUUGUCCGACGAACUGCUCUGCAGGGCGAGGGGCCCGACAGGGUCUAUCACGUGUGAACGGGGGGCGGUGGCGGG